AUGAUGUUGCUUUAUCCCUGUUUGCCCCACACACAGUGGUGUGACAAGCUGGAGGCUGGCAAGGCGCAGGGGGAGGGGGAGGGGGAGGCACGGACUGGGGAAGGUGCAUCUGCAGGGAAGGCGAAGGGGGGUUCGUCCAUCGAUGCGCUGCUGGCGAAUGAAGUGGCAGCACUCAAGAAACAGGUGCGUGCGUGUGGAGAGGGGGUUGAGGAAACAGGUGUGUGUGUUUUGCAGCGGCUCACAGGCUCGAUUGCAAUCGUGACCUCAGGCUACCAGCCUCGGUUCGUGAGUGUGGAGUCUGGGUGCAAGGCACUGCUGUUCGUGAGGAUUAGAGAGGAUGCCAGGAAGGGGGGGAAGGGAGAGAAGGGAGGAAAGCAGUUGGAGGAGGGAGAGGAGAAGGAGGAGGAGGGUGAGAAGGAGGAGGUGGGGAAGACGGAGGAAGGGGAAAAGGAGGAGGAGAAGGGUGAAGGAGACAAGGAGGGGAAGGAGGGGGAUAAGGCCGGGGAAAAGGAGCAGGAGAAAGAGCAGGAGGAAGAGGUUACAGGAGGAGAAGAGAAGGAACCGGAGAAGGAGGGACAGGGAGGGGAGGGGGAGAAAGAGGAGGCAGGGGGAGAGCAGGGAAGGGUGUCGCCGUGUGAGUUGGCAGAGGCGGUGCUGCGGCAUGCCAAGGCCACCCAGCAGUCAGCCACUCGGUGGGUGUGGGGUAGUGGGUGUGGGGCAGUGGGUGUGAGCAGUGGGUGUGAGGCAGUGGGUGUGAGGCAGUGGGUGUGGGGCAGUGGGUGUGGGGCAGUGGGUGUGAGGCAGUGGGUGUGGGGCAGUGGGUGUGAGGCAGUGGGUGUGAGGCAGUGGGUUGGGUGUGAGGCAGUGGGUGUGAGGCAGUGGGUGUGGGGCAGUGGGUGUGGGGCAGUGGGUGUGGGGCAGUGGGUGUGGGGCAGUGGGUGUGAGGCAGUGGGUGUGAGGCAGUGGGUUGGGUGUGAGGCAGUGGGUGUGAGGCAGUGGGUGUGGGGCAGUGGGUGUGAGGCAGUGGGUGUGGGGCAGUGGGUGUGGGGCAGUGGGUGUGGGGCAGUGGGUGUGGGGCAGUGGGUGUGGGGCAGUGGGUGUGGGGCAGUGGGUUGGGUGUGGGGCAGUGGGUGUGGGGCAGUGGGUGUGGGGCAGUGGGUGUGGGGCAGUGGGUGUGAGGCAGUGGGUGUGGGGCAGUGGGUGUGGGGCAGUGGGUGUGGGGCAGUGGGUGUGGGGCAUGGGUGUGAGGCAGUGGGUGUGAGGCAGUGGGUGUGGGGCAGUGGGUGUGGGGCAGUGGGUGUGGGGCAGUGGGUGUGGGGCAGUGGGUGUGGGGCAGUGGGUGUGAGGCAGUGGGUGUGGGGCAGUGGGUGUGGGGCAGUGGGUGUGGGGCAGUGGUGGGUGUGGGGCAGUGGGUGUGAGGCAGUGGGUGUGAGGCAGUGGGUGUGGGGCAGUGGGUGUGAGGCAGUGGGUGUGAGGCAUGGGUGUGAGGCAGUGGGUGUGGGGCAGUUGGUGUGGGGCAGUGGGUGUGGGGCAGUGGGUGUGGGGCAGUGGUUUGGGUGUGAGGCAGUGGGUGUGGGGCAGUGGGUGUGGGGCAGUGGGUGUGGGGCAGUGGGUGUGGGGCAGUGGGUGUGGGGCAGUGGGUGUGGGGCAGUGGGUUGGGUGUGGGGCAAUGGGUGUGGGGCAGUGGGUGUGAGGCAGUGGGUGUGGGGCAGUGGGUGUGAGGCAGUGGGUGUGGGGCAGUGGGUGUGGGGCAGUGGGUGUGAGGCAGUGGGUUGGGUGUGGGGCAGUGGGUGUGGGGCAGUGGGUGUGGGGCAGUGGGUGUGGGGCAGUGGGUGUGGGGCAGUGGGUUGGGUGUGGGGCAGUGGGUGUGGGGCAGUGGGUGUGGGGCAGUGGGUGUGGGGCAGUGGGUGUGAGGCAGUGGGUGUGGGGCAGUGGGUGUGGGGCAGUGGGUGUGGGGCAGUGGGUGUGGGGCAUGGGUGUGAGGCAGUGGGUGUGAGGCAGUGGGUGUGGGGCAGUGGGUGUGAGGCAGUGGGUGUGAGGCAUGGGUGUGAGGCAGUGGGUGUUAGGCAGUGGGUGUGUGGCAGUGGGUGUGGGGCAGUGGGUGUGAGGCAGUGGGUGUGGGGCAGUGGGUGUGGGGCAGUGGGUGUGGGGCAGUGGGUGUGGGGCAGUGGGUGUGGGGCAGUGGGUGUUGGCAGUGGGUGUGAGGCAGUGGGUUGGGUGUGGGGCAAUGGGUGUGGGGCAGUGGGUGUGAGGCAGUGGGUGUGGGGCAGUGGGUGUGAGGCAGUGGGUGUGGGGCAGUGGGUGUGGGGCAGUGGGUGUGAGGCAGUGGGUGUGGGGCAGUGGGUUGAAUGUGGGGCAGUGGGUGUGAGGCAGUGGGUGUGGGGCAGUGGGUGUGAGGCAGUGGGUGUGAGGCAGUGGGUGUGGGGCAGUGGGUGUGAGGCAGUGGGUGUGAGGCAGUGGGUUGGGUGUGGGGCAGUGAAUGUGGGGCAGUGGGUGUGGGGCAGUGGGUGUGAGCAGGUGGGUGUGAGCAGCUUCACCCUGCGUCUUCACCCUCCGCCUGCUGCCAGUGAAAACCACCUGCUACGCCUCCCAGGAGGAGAUUGCCUCGGCCACUUCACCCUUCGCCUGCUCCCAGUGGAAACCACGUGCUACGCCUCCCAGGAGGAGAUCGCCUCAGCCAUCAAGCCUCUCAUUGCCACCCACUUCCCCCUGGUGGGCCAAUCAGCAAGCGACACGUCCGAGGCCCAACCCAAGGGAUCAACGUUCGGAAUCAUAUUUGAGAAGCGAGCCAACGAAGGGCUUGAGAGAGCGGGCGUGAUCGACACUGUUGCCAAGCUGGUGCCUGCUCCGCAUAAAGUGGACCUCCGGAACCCAGACAAGACCAUCAUGCUGCAAGUGGUGAAGACCAUCUGUUUCAUCUCCAUCCUCACCGAUUUCAAGGCCCUUGCCAAGUACAACCUGCGCCAGUUGUGCCUCCCCCAGGAGGAUGCCAAGCCAGGUGCUGCUGGGGAAGCCAAGCCUGCUGCUGCUGUGGAAGCCAAGCCUGAUGAUGCUGCUGAUGCUAGCGCUAGUGAUGAUGGGGGCGAUGGUACUGGUAAUGCUGGUGCUCCUACAGCCCUGCCCGCUAUUGUUCCUGCAGCCCCAUCUGCAGCCUUCCGCACCAAACCAGGAGCAUCCGCUUUUGUAGCAGGUCCUGAGGCACGUCCUGGUGCUUAUGCAGCCCCAUCCGCAGCAGCACUUGUCGUUCCCGGUGCGGCUCCUGCUCCCCCUUCUUCAGCCUCUCCGACGGCCUCCGCCACCCCUGCUGCGGCAUCCGCCACCCCUGCUUCUGCUGUGGCCUCUGCCGCCCCUGCUGUGGCUUGUGCCGCCCUUUCUGCCCGUGCUGUCUAG